ACCACACGGCAGCCGAAUCCCUCCGCCGAUCAAAUCUCUCUCUCUUUUUCUACCUUUCUCACUCCAGAUCUCUGGCUCGGCCGAUUAAAUAUGCUAUUCAAUUUGAAGUCCUGGUCGAAGACCGUCUACGACGAAGAAUUCGAUGAGCAAGAAGCGGCGAAUCAGGUGGUGGUUCGUCCGUCGCCGGAAAAAUUAGCGAUAGAUCAGGAGACAGGGGAGGAGCCUUCGCCGGCGCCGCCGACGCCACCAGAGAGCGCGAGCAGCUCUUCUACCGACGACGGUGGCGGAGGCGGAUGGUCGACGUCGCUGACGGUGUGGAGAAAAUCACUUGUAAUGAACUGCCAUGGUUUCACGGUGAUAAAUUCCGACGGAAAUCUCGUCUACCGCGUGGAUAAUUACUGCGGCCGCCCCGACGAACUCACCCUCAUGGACGCCGCCGGGAAAUCCGUCCUCACAAUGCUUCACCACACUAAGAAGUUUGGGCUGGUGGACAGCUGGCUAGUAUACGAGGGGGACGCGGAGGCGGCGGUGGUGGCGGGGCAGAAUCCGGCGGCGGAGGCGGUGAGAUUCGUGCCGAAGAAGCCGAUGUGGUGCGUGAAGAAGCAGAAGGGACUCCUGCUGUCGGCGGGGAACAGCGGCAGCAGCAGCAGUAGUAAAGGUAACGCGGUGGCCGCUUACGUGUACAAAGGGAGCUCGGGGAAGAGGAAUUGGUCGUACGCGAUCGAAGGAUCGUACGGUCAGCGAUCGUGCAAGGUGGUGGAGUACGAGUCGAGGAAGGAAGUGGCGGAGAUACGGCGGAAGGAGGCGGCGGUCGGAGGGGUUUCGCUGGGGGCGGAGGUGUUUGUUCUGUCCGUACGGUCAGGGUUCGACUCCGGCUUCGCCAUGGCUCUGGUUUUGCUUCUCGAUCAAAUGUUCUCAUGAUUUUUUUUUUUGGUAUUCUUAUAAUUAAUAGAUUUUUCUUGUGUACAGAAGUCCUGCGGUAAUGUAUUGAUUAAUCUGUUGAUCAAGUUGUGAGUUGAUUAAGUGUGUAAUAAUGGUGAUUAGCUUAAGCUAGCCGUGGGUAGAAUGUGGAAUGAGAGAGAGAGAGAGAGAGAGAGAGAGGUCACGGGCCAUAUAUCCUUGUGAUGAAAAGCUAGUGGGGGCGGGCAAUUUUGUUCCAUCGAAUCUGAUUGAUACUGCAGUUUAGUUUAUUUGUCAUAUAAAUACAAGAUUUUGGAUUUUUUACUUGAUUAUGAAUCACAGGGAGAUCGAUCCAGUGGUUGUUUUUCUUCUUCUCUCUUCUUUGUUCGAAU